CAGGUAUUCUCAAGACAAUCACCUACCGGAAAGACCAACACUACCGCCACUCAAAGUCCCCGGACACCUUGGUUUCCGGAUGGGGAUGCUUACACCGAGACGGUGCCUCUGAGGUCAAGUAAGAUUCAAGCUCUGCCUGUUCUUCCAUGGCCGACAGAUCCGCCUACUCCAUCUCCAUCACUAUGGCCACCUCAACAAAAUCAGAAAGAUCAUCAGGAGCAGUUGCUGUGCCCACAUUACACCGCCCGCCAGCUUCCCUUGUCCCCAUCUACACUGUCAAGCCGAACAGCAGUCCCAGGCUCCACGACGGUGACGCCAGCAACCACGCUUCACUCACCACUGCCGUUCAUCCAAUCAGUCCCACCCUCAUCUGUAUCAGCCCUCUGUCUAUCCUGGGCACCGCCGCUGGCUCGCCCUGGACCUGACGGCCAGCUUUUCAGCCCCAGCUUACCAACAAAUACUGAAGCCGUCAGGACAUGUUUCAAAAAGAGAGGCUGGAAGGUGCAAUGUCGGCUGAUUCCCAACGACUAUAGCACAUCAGCGGUCGAGACGGUGGUUGAUAAGUUUCUUGCCCAGAGCCAGAACCAGACAGUUCAACAUGAAAAGAGGAAUAGAUCUCGGAGUGAAGUUACGUCAAGGGGUGGAGAGCUGUUGAUUGUAUAUUAUCACGGGUUUGGAGCCACAGAAGAGGAUGGGAGGCUGAGGUUUAGCAGGUAUUACUCCUUUCCACAUUUCCCACUUCAAAACUCGAUCUUUCCACAUAUGGACUCGUGGAUCGGUAAUCCUAACCCUAAGCUUUUUAUGGGCCCUGGUGUGCUCUCUAGAAAGGGAACGAAACAGGUGCUCGGCGUGUGUGUCCCUUCUUUGUUGGCUUCGGGAAGAUCAAGAUUUGGAGCAGAGCCAUUGAAUAUCUCGUUCAAACUGUCAAAAGAAAAGCAAAAACCAGAAAUGGCUGAGAAGCCUCGUGCACGACCAAGGUCACUUUUGCUGCCCGGAUUUGAUCUGAACGAUCUGGAACCCUCAGAUUCGGUUGAGCCUCAAGGUGACCAAGGAGCAGCACAGCCAGAGCUCGAACAGUCGGGUUCCCCGUGGAAGCUCGACGACACCAUGACAAAAGCGCUCUGCAGAAUCCUGGACAGAGAUCGAAACCGAGUGAAGACGGAGGUGGGGAUGAACGAGAUAUUGUCUGUGCAACGGUUAUGCAGUCUUGUUAGGGAAGACAUACGACAGACAUCAACUCUACCAUCGACAAUAGGAUCGGAGCAAAGAGAAGCGAUAAGGGAAGUGGAGAGGGGGUUGGCAGGAAGGGUAUUUGUCACACAACUUGGUGGGGGACAGAUACAGGACAUUUACCUGCCUUGUCUUGGUGCUUGA